AUGGCCGCACCUUGCUGUCCAUCGGGCUCGCAUGGGCCUUUGGCUGCCGACAUGGCGGUUCUCACAGGCUCGCAGGAGAAAGAGGCCGACUUGGAUUGCUACUUUAGUGGUCAAAAAGAGAAGCCCUCCAUGGUUAUCCUCGCAUUUUCCGACGUCUUCGGCCCGUACUCAGGGCGCCACCGACGGAUCUGCGACCAGAUGGCGGAAGCCGUCCCCAACAGCCUCGUUUGCAUGCCGGACCUUUUCCAUGGCGAUCCCGUCGCCCCCGAUUAUUCCAGCAGCAGCUGGGCGAGCUUGCGGCUGAAAUUGCACAUGCCGAAGAUGCUGUAUCGGAUCAGGUAUCGCUACAGCUGGGGAAUCCUGGCUCCACAGAUCCAGAAGCUCACAGAAGCCCUUGCGGCAAAACACCCCGAGGUGCCGAUGUUUGCCUACGGCUUCUGCUUCGGCGGCUAUGUUGUAGCGAAAGCCAGCACGUUGGGUGCCUUCCGCGGCGUGGUCGGAUUCCACCCCUCCCUUCUUGUCGGCAAGCUGCAAUACUCACCGCACGGCCAAAAAGAAGAAGACUUGGCCAAGGAGGUCCAAUGUCCUCAGCUGAUGAUCCCGGCCUCCAAUGACGACAACCACGUCAAGCCAGGUGGCGGGUUCAUGAGCAUCGUUACUGCCACCCACCCCGCGAGCAAGUCAGUCGUCUACGAGAACAUGGUCCAUGGCUGGAUGACCCGGGGUGCAGAUGACAAAAUGAUACCGCAGAAG